GCAGAGGCAAGCAAGAUGGCAGUGACAGCUGCACAGUGCGGGAGAACCGGUGGUGGCAGUAGUAGGGCUGGCGGUGGCAGCUGUGGGACAGGCAGUAGCCAUAGCAGCUUGCUGGAUAAGUGGAAGAUUGAUGAUAAGCCUGUAAAAAUUGACAAAUGGGAUGGGUCCGCUGUGAAAAAUUCUUUGGAUGACUCUGCCAAAAAGGUACUUCUGGAAAAGUACAGGUAUGUGGAGAAUUGCGGUCUCACUGACUGUCGCCUCACCGUCUGUAGCAUCUCCUGUUUCUUCGCUAUAGUGGCUUUGAUUUGGGACUAUAUGCACCCCUUUCCCGAGUCCAAACCUGUUUUGGCUUUGUGCGUUAUAUCCUAUUUUGUGAUGAUGGGGAUCCUGACCGUUUAUCCCUCAUAUAAGGAGAAGAGCAUCUUUCUCGUGGCCCCAAGGAAAGAUCCCACAGGGGUGGAUCCUGAUGACAUUUGGCAACUGUCGUCCAGUCUCAAAAGGUUCAAUGACAAAUACACUCUGAAGCUGACCUUCAUCAGUGGAAGAACAAAGCAGCAAAGGGAAGCCAAGUUCACCAAGUCCAUUGCCAAGUUUUUUGACCACAGCGGGACACUGGUCAUGGAUGCGUAUGAGCCUGAAAUAGCCAGGCUUCAUGACAGUCAUGCCACUGUAAGCAAAAUAAAACAGCCACUUCUAAAAGCAGCCAUCUUUUGGCUGGAUCACGCUGAGUUAAAGGGUGAGGGAGAAAGAAUCAGAGAACUUAAUAUGGAUAAAGUAAGAAAUGUAAAAAGUGUCCAUUUUGUCUUGAAAUUUUAG